UUGCAGAACAGAUUUGUAUGUGUGUGUGUGUUUGCAAGAGAGAGAGAGAGAGGAGGUGGGACUCGAAUUUUCUUAAUACUUUCUCUGCGUGCAAGCUAACCUCAUCGAUCAUCUCGUACGGCAAACCCAUCAUUACUCUCUCUCUCUCUCUCUCUCUCUCUAUAUCUCAAGCUUUCUCUCACUAAACACAUUCUCUCUCUUCUGGGUUUGCUUUAUAUAUUUAGAGGGGUGGCUCUAUUUCCUCACUUUUGCAUGACUCCAUAGCCCCGUCCCUCUACUCCUUUUCCUUCAUUUGAAAUUCAUCGAACAGUGUCUUUUUUUUCUUUUGGUUAUACUCUAUCUGCUAUCCUCCUCUUUUUUCUUCUAAAUUCUUUACCACUUUCUUUGUUGUCAAACAUAUAUAUACGAAGUUUUUCUCUUUCAAAAAACUGAUCAGGAGAGUACUGUUUGAUUUCAUGUUAUGGAUCCUUCAAGUGGACAGCAUCAGGAAAUGCCUUCUCAUUCAUUAGAAAACAUGUUGGUGAACACAAAAGCACAGCAAGAAAGAAAACCAAGGCCACACCCAGAGCAAGCUCUAAAAUGCCCAAGAUGUGAUUCCACAAACACCAAGUUCUGCUACUACAACAACUACAGCCUCACACAACCAAGGUACUUCUGCAAAUCCUGCAGAAGGUAUUGGACAAAAGGAGGAACACUAAGAAAUGUUCCAGUGGGUGGAGGGUGCAGGAAGAACAAAAGAUCAUCAUCAUCUUCAUCAUCAUCAUCAUCAAAGAGGGUACAAGAUCAACCACUCACACCCAAUUCCAAUCCCCUCUCAAACCUCCCACCCUUAACAUAUGACUCAAAUGACCUCACCCUUGCAUUUGCUAGGCUCCAAAAGCAGUCAUGUGGUCAGUUGGGUUAUGAUGAGCAUGAUCUUUCUAUUUUGGGAAACCCUACCAGCACCCAUUGUGAUAUUCUUGGAAACCCUUCUGGGAUUAACACUACAAACCCUGCUGGCUUUAUUGAUGCAAUGAGGAAUGGGUUUCUUGAAUCCCAAAAUCACUACCAGAAUUUGUAUUAUGGGUUUGGGAAUGGAAAUAUUGGAGAGGUUGAAAAUGGUGGUGGUGCGGUUAGUUCAGAGAUGGGUUUGCAUCCAUAUGAAGAAAUCAGCAGCAAUGCAGCAACAACAACAGCAGUGACAGUCACAACAAUGAAGCAAGAGUUGUGUCAUGGAAGAGACAAUGAGAACAGGAUCUUGUGGGGUUUUCCUUGGCAGAUGAAUAACAAUGGUGGAGAUCAUCAUGGAAACAAUUUGGGUGAUUUUGAUACUGGAAGAGAAAGCUGGAAUGGAAUGACGCCUUCUUGGCAUGGGCUUCUCAAUAGCCCCCUAAUGUAGUCCUUUGGAUUACUCUUUUUUAGUAUCUAUCUUCAAGAAACCAAAAAAAAAAAAAAAAAAAAAAAAAAAAAAGCAUAGAGUUUCUUCACUAUUUAGACUCAAAUUUCAGUCUUAAUCCUUAGAGUUCUUUAUUUAGUUUUUGUUUUUGUUUUGUUUGUUUUUUGUUUUUUGUUUUGGAUAAACUAAUUAAUGAAAUUUCAUAUAUUUGUUUUUCUAACCAA